UGGACAUUUCAACAGAAACUGCUUUCAGUCUUUUCUCUCUCUGUGUCGAGACAAAAAUGAAGAUGAUGCUCGCUGUGGUUGCCUCCCUGUUGCUGAUUCUCCCGUUCCAGGCCGAAGCUGAAUCAUGUAUUGACAAAGAUGUGGAAGUCUGGGUGGCAAGUGGCCACGGUCUUACAGGAGAUGGACUUCUGAACCCAGAUCCCUAUGUUGUGGUGAAAAUUGGCCCCGUCAAGAAACAAACCAAGGUCAUUUACUCCAAUGACAACCCAACUUGGUGGGAGAAGCUGACUUUCCCUGAAGCCAGCAGCGACACGAUGACAGUAGAGGUCUGGGACAAAGACUCGAUCACCUCUGAUGACAAAGAGGGAACCUGCACAGAACAACUGGUCGCCAGUAAAUCUUUUCAAUCAGUUGAGUGCAAAAUGAACAGCGGCAGAAGUUAUGUCAAGCUCUUCUACAAGUGCACUUAAUGUCACCUGCUCUUGAAAAUGACAGAAAAUACUCAUGCUCAUUGAGAUUGGUGGUAGAAAAAUGCAACUUCUUAUGGAUUACUUAUGGUUCCAUAAUAUUCUGUUUGUUUCAAAAUGGAUGUAUGCUGUUAUGAAACUAUAUUAUCAAAUGCCAGAGUGUGUAAAACAGCUACUAUUAUUGUACCUGUGUGCAACAGAAAAUUGUGUUACAAGAGCUGUGUUUUCUCUGUACUGUUGGCUAUUUAGGAACGGCAGCUUGUCCGUUCCGUCUCUGCACAACUGUAACUUCUCAUGGAAAGAUAGAACACAGUUUGAAAAAGAGUGAAAGAAUAAAAUCAAGUGAAGAAAAACUA